GCGAGUGAUGCAGCAAACCACUUUCCGAACUUUCCCACCGUUGAUUCAGCAGUUGGUGACGAUUUUACCGUCUUUCCCACGUUCGUUCCGACUGAUACAUUAGAACACCUAAAGAACUUUGGAAAGAACAUCAGGAAAUCUGCUGAUGCCAUUACCGAGUUUGCAAGUCCUAAAGGGCUCAGAAUACUCUCAUUUGCUCACGAACUCCCAAGUGUGUGCGAGUCCAAAUUCCAAGGAUGAUGUUAUUUACCUUAGAGUGCUUUGCUAUGCUGGGCCUCCUAUAGGAAAUCUGUCUGAAACAAAGUCAACAUGGUAGUCAGAGGAACAGCAAACCCAAAAUUCUAGCUGCUGAGUGUGACAAAAUAUGCCCAGCCGGAAAAAGUGGUUGUUGCUGCCAUGUGAAAGAAGAACUUUCAACGUACUGAUAACCGUAGCUGUACCUCCAAACCUAGACAAUUAGGAAUACCAGGAAAGAGGACUGGAAAACAUAAGCCAAUC